AUGACAGAGGCGGUUAUUGAUAGGUUAAAUGCUAAAAAGUUAGAGUUAGAAUCAAGGUUAAGUAAUUUGUACCACGGCGGAAGCCAACGUCGAGAAGCCCUGGAGUAUAAAAUCAAAAAAAUUGAAGAAUUAAUUACUGCUUACCAGUCAGUACCUUUACCAAUUAACUUAGAGGAAGCAAAGGAAAUUCUCAAGCAACAAGUAGGGUUUUCAGGUUUAAAAAAAAGAAGUUUAUUAGAAAAAUUAGCACAAAGAAAUUUUUUGGCUUUAUGUUUGUUCGGUCCUCCCGGAGUAGGUAAGAGCACUUGUGCUCCGUUCUUAGCUCGAGCCUUAAAGAGAGAGUUUUUUUCUAUAAAUUUGGGAGGUUUAUCAGACACUUCAAUUUUAUUAGGAACCAGCGAAAACUCUUUGGGGACCGAGACGGGGCAACUAGCAAAAGCACUGAUAGCAACAAAAACGCACAACCCCUUAAUUUUGCUAGAUGAAAUAGACAAAGCCGGCUCUUCCUAUAAAACUGCUAUUCAUGAUUGUUUAUUAAAUGUUUUAGACUCUGCCCAAAACCACGAAGUUCUUGAUCAUUAUCUAGACGUUAAAUUAGAUUUUUCCCGAGUAAUUUUUGUGGUUACGGCUAACGAUUUGACAAAAAUACCCCCACCUUUGCGUGACCGCCUGCUAAUCGUUAAAUUAAAUGGAUACAAUAUUGAGCAAAAAAAAGAAAUUGCCCAAAAAAUUAUUCAAGACUGGUUUAGCCGGCACGAACAAUUUAAUCAGGAUAAUUUUGAAAUUGACUCGGAAGCCCUUGAAACUUUAAUUAACAAAACUAAUGAGGAAGGAGUUCGUCAGUUAAAGAUGGCUCUUGAUGAUAUUUUUGACUACUGCCUUUUUCAGUGA